CCGGGGCGGGGGGGGGGGCAGGAAUGGGGGGGCCUCUCAGGGUCCCGCCGGGCGCCCAUGGCGCUGGGGCUCUGAGUGGCCGAGCCGUCCAGGGCCUCCUCGCAGCGGGCGGGGGCUGCUCUGCCCUGGCCCAGGGCACUGCGCCCCGGGUGUCCCCUGGGCUCCUGAGAGGUGGGGGGAAGGUCACUGGCUGCACAACCCUGGGGGAGAGGGGUCGCUGCCCCCCGGUCCUCAGGCGGGCUGAGUGCUUGCUGCACCCUGGGUGCGGUGGCCCUGAUGGGGGGGGGGGGGGUAGGGGGAAUGCGGAGUGACUCUGGAUCCCUCAGCUCUUCGGGCGAUUCCUGACUCUGGUGAAGGCCGGGCCCGAGGGGCCUGGGUGAUUGGUGAGAGAAACAAAGGGAAGGCUUUUCUUCGGACCGUCUGUGGAACUAGCCUUUAAUGCCCGGUUGCACCUGGAGAGUUCAGAUAUAAGCCAGUUUCAUUUAGAUGCAUCUUUGAUUCCCCUCUCCCCCCCCCCCCCCUCGGAGGCUGAGCAUCACUAGUCAAGUGCAUGAGUGUCCUAGAUAUUGGCUUAUUUUCACUACAGCAUGGAGGAGAAAAAGUGAUGCGUGUGAUUUUUUUAAAAAAAAGUGUUUGUAUUUAGGUGUCUUUCUCAUGUGGAAUUUACCAACCGAUGUUAGCUCAGUGCACGAACAGCGGUGGAGUUGACUAAAAAGCCAAGUAAAGGAGAGAGCGCUUUAUGGAAUUCCAAGAAGGGAACAUGGAUCAGCCCAGCGGAAGGAGUUUCAUGCAAGUUCUUUGUGAGAAAUACAGCCCCGAGAACUUCCCAUAUCGUCGAGGUCCUGGAAUGGGGGUGCAUGUCCCAGCAACGCCACAAGGAUCACCUAUGAAAGAUCGCCUCAACCUUCCAAGUGUGUUGGUGUUGAACAGCUGUGGAAUAACCUGCGCGGGAGAGGAGAAUGAAAUUGCUGCCUUCUGUGCUCAUGUGUCUGAGCUGGAUCUCUCUGACAACAAACUUGACAACUGGCAUGAGGUCAGUAAAAUUGUGUCAAAUGUUCCUCACUUGGAGUUUCUAAACCUGAGUUCCAACCCUCUGAAUUUGUCAGUUUUAGAGAGAACAUGUGCUGGAUCUUUCGCUGGUGUUCGCAAACUGGUGCUAAACAACAGCAAAGCUUCCUGGGAAACAGUCCAUACAAUACUGCAGGAACUACCAGACUUGGAGGAGCUCUUCCUGUGCCUUAACGACUAUGAAACAGUGUCUUGUUCUCCAGUUUGCUGUCAGUCUCUCAAAUUACUCCACAUAACUGACAAUAAUCUUCAAGACUGGACUGAAAUCCGAAAGCUCGGAAUUAUGUUUCCAUCACUGGACACUCUUGUCCUGGCCAACAAUCACCUGACAACCAUUGAAGAAUCAAAUGAUUCUUUGGCAAGGCUGUUCCCUAACCUGCGAUCCAUCAGCUUGCACAGAUCAGGUCUGCAUUGCUGGGAAGACAUUGACAAACUAAACUCUUUCCCCAAGCUUGAGGAAGUGAGAUUGCUUGGAAUCCCUCUUCUGCAGUCCUACACCACCGAAGAGCGCAGAAAGCUGUUAAUAGCCAGAUUGCCAUCUAUCAUCAAGCUUAAUGGGAGUGUCAUUACUGAUGGGGAGCGAGAGGACUCUGAGCGAUUCUUCAUUCGGUAUUACCUGGACUUCCCGCCAGAAGAAGUCCCAUUCAGGAUGAAUUAUCCGUCACUCAUUAGAACCUGGGUGGCCUUUGUGUUCAUGAUUGUACGGCAGCAAGCUCAGUCCAUGGAGAUUUUGUAUCCGUUCUGGCAGAAUGAUACGAAAACCCCCAAAGUGGAUGAUGGAAGCUCCUCUGAGAUUAAGCUGUCCAUCCCGUUCAUCUUCUUUGGAAUCCCAUACAGGAGCAUUUAUGUCAACAACAAUGGCGUGAUUUCUUUCAAUGUGCAAGUCAGCCAGUUCACCCCAGAGCCUUUCCCCCUUGCAGAUGGCCGGGCCUUUAUUGCUCCAUUUUGGGCAGACGUUCACAAUGGAAUCCGAGGAGAAAUCUACUACAGGGAGACCAUGGACCCCGCCCUGCUGAAGAAAGUCUCCAAAGACAUCAGGAAGUACUUCAAAAACUUGCCCUCUUUCUCAGCCAUCUGGCUCUUUGUCGUCACCUGGGAAGAGGUCACGUUCUACGGAGGCAGCAGCACGACCCCUGUGAACACCUUUCAAGCUCUCCUAAUUUCAGAUGGGGUGUCCACAUUUGCAAUGUUUAAUUAUGAAGAAAUCCUGUGGACCACUGGAACAGCAAGUGGGGGAGAUCCUUUAACUGGACUCGGUGGAGUGAUGGCCCAGGCAGGAUUCAACGGUGGAAACAGCACCAAUUAUUUUAGCAUUCCUGGGUCCAGAACCCCAGAGAUAAUCAAUGUUGAAGAUACAACCAAUGUAAAUGUCCCUGGACGCUGGGUAUUCAAAAUAGAUGGGAGAGAAAUUGACCCAGCCAAUGGCUGCAGCCUGAGAGGGCAGUUUCUCCAUCCAGGCGAGAUAUUCUGGGACAACGCCAACUGCUCCACCAAGUGUCGUUGCCUGGACUUUAACAAUGAGAUCUUCUGCCAGGAGAUGGUUUGCGGCCCCUACGAAGCGUGUGAGCAGAAGGACAAGUUCUACCAAUGCGUGCCGGUGGAGAGCAGCACCUGCGUGGUGUUUGGAGACCCACACUACCACACCUUCGAUGGCUUCCUCUUUCACUUCCAGGGUUCCUGCGCCUACCUCCUUACCCGGCAGUGCUGGCCAGAAUCUAACCUGCCCUUCUUCAGCGUGGAGGCCAAGAAUGAGAACCGAGGUGGCUCCUCCGUCUCCUGGUUGAAGGAUAUCUCAGUGGAGGUUUAUUCUCACAAGAUCGUUAUCCCCAAAGGGAGCUUUGGGAAAGUUAAGGUAGAUGAUUUGGUGACCUCCUUACCCCUCUCCUUGGAACUGGGAGCCAUAAAAAUCUACCAGAGCGGUUUGUCAACCGCGGUGGAGACUGAUUUUGGCAUCUUGGUGACCUACGACGGGCAACACUAUGCCUCCAUCUCUGUCCCGGGCACCUACAUCAACGCCACCUGUGGGCUGUGUGGGAACUACAACAAGGAUCCUCAAGACGAUACCCUUCGCUCGGACGGGAGGCCGGCAUCGUCAGUGCUGGACCUGGGGGAGAGCUGGCGAGUGUACCAUCCGGAGUGGAAAUGCUCCCCAGGCUGCUUAGACAACUGCAGCUUCUGCGACACUGCCAUGGAGUCUCUCUACUUCACCCCCGAGUAUUGUGGCUUCAUCAACCAGACCGGCGGCCCCUUGUGGGAAUGUGGCACCAUUGUGGACCCCACGGCCUUCGUCCACAGCUGCGUGUAUGACCUGUGCAGCAUCCGAGACAACGGCACCGGCCUCUGCCAGGCGAUCCAGGCUUACGCCUUGGUGUGCCAAGCUCUGGGCAUUCCAGUGGGAGACUGGCGAACCCAGACAGGAUGUGCUGCAGCUGUCCAGUGUCCAGAGUUCAGUCACUACUCGGUUUGCACCAACAGCUGCCCAGCUACAUGUUCGGAUCUAACAGCUCCGCUGGCCUGCAGCUCCCCUUGCACUGAGGGCUGUGAAUGCAACGAAGGCCAUGUCCUCAGCACGGACCAGUGUGUCCCCAUCCACAAGUGUGGCUGCGAUGUCGACGGCAGGUACUAUGCCGUAGGGGAGUCUUUCUGGGCCACCGCGGGCUGCACGGUGCAGUGCCGGUGCGAGGACGGUGCAGAGAUCAGCUGCUUGAACGCCACCUGCCGGGAAGGAGAGGUGUGCGCGGUAGAGAACGGCUACCGGGGCUGUUACCCCAAGCGAGAGAGCUUGUGCUUGGUGAGCCAGAACCAGGUGCUGCAGUCCUUUGACGGGGUGUCAUUCAUGUUCCCCCCGGAGCAUUCCUACACCCUGCUCAAAACCUGCUCUGAGAGACCACACUUCCUGGAGGUUGACAUCAGCAAAAAGAAACCCGAAUCCAAACCUAACUGGCUCCGACCCCUGAGAAUCCAGGUAGCUGGCCAGGAGGUCAAAGUUGGAGGUUCCAGCACAUCUGAAAUCAAGGUGAACGGCUAUGAAGUGGAGCUGCCGUUUUUCCUCCCCUCCGGCCAGUUGGAAAUUUAUCGGAGCAAAAACGGCACGGUGAUUGAGUCCAAAGGGCUUGUGAGAAUCCAGUACUCCAACCUGGGCAUGCUGCAGAUACGCCUCUCGACUGCCUACUUCAACUGCACUGCCGGACUGUGCGGCUUCUUCAACGGGAACAUCAGCGACGAGUUCUGCUUCCCCAACGGCAAGUGCACGGACAACCUGGUGGUUUUCCUGCAGAGCUGGACGACCUUCGACGAGAUCUGCAAUGGGGAGUGCGGGGACCUGCUCAAGGCCUGCAACAACGACUCGGAGCUGCUCAAGUACUACCGGAGCCGCUCCAAGUGCGGGAUCAUCAAUGACCCCACCAACAGCUCCUUCCUGGACUGCCAUGGCGUGGUCAAUGCGUCGGCCUACUACAGAACGUGCCUCUUCCGUUUGUGCCAGAGUGGGGGCAACCAGUCGGAGCUCUGCGACUCGGUGGCUCGUUACGCUCGCGCCUGUAAGACCGCGGAGGCGGAGGUCGGUCAGUGGAGGAGCUUCAACUUUUGCCCUCUUCAGUGCCCUGAAAAUAGCCACUUUGAGGAGUGCAUGACUUGCACCGAGACCUGCGAAACCCUGGUCAUCGGCCCCGUCUGCGUGGACACCUGCAUGGAGGGCUGCCAGUGCAACGAGGGCUUUGCCUUCCAAGGGUCCCAGUGUGUCCCCAGGAGCGAGUGUGGCUGCAGUUUUGAGGGGCAUCAGCUCUCAACCAACCAGACCUUCUGGAUGGACAUCGACUGCCAGUUCUUCUGCUACUGCAACGGGUCUGACAACAGCGUGCACUGUGAGAACAUCUCCUGCAAGGACGAUGAGUACUGCCUGGAGGAGAAUGGCCUCUACUACUGCCAGCCCCGCACAGAUGCCUCCUGCAUCGUCUCCGGCUAUGGCCAUUACUUGACCUUUGAUGGGUUCUCGUUUGACUUCCAGAGCAGCUGCCCUCUGGUCCUUUGCACAACGAUUUCCAGGCAGCGAGUGGAGAGGUCGGAUACUUUCCCAGGAUUCACCGUCACAGCCAAGAACGAGGACCGGGACCCGUCCCUGGCCUUGUGGGUGAAGCAAGUUGAAGUGGACGUCUUCAAUUACAACAUCGUCAUCCACCGGGCCUACAAAUACACGGUGCUGAUUAACAAUGAGCGUCUCUACCUGCCCUUGAAGCUGGGCCAAGGGAAGGUGAACAUCUUUGCCUUUGGCUUCCACAUUGUAGUGGAGACCGACUUUGGGCUGAAGGUGGUGUAUGACUGGAAGACCUUCCUCUCCGUCUCCGUCCCGCGAAGCCUCCAGAACAACACCUACGGCCUCUGCGGCCGCUACAACGGCAAUCCUGGCGAUGAACUGGAAACCUCCAGCGGGCUGGUGGCCUCCAACAUCGACGACUUCGGCCAGAGCUGGGUGAAACGGGACACCUUUUGCCAGGUGGGCUGUGGUGACAGGUGCCCCGCCUGCAGUAAGGUGGAAGGGUUCUGGAAACCCCAGCAGCUGUGCAGCCUAAUCCCCAGCAAGAGCAGCAUCUUCACCAAGUGCCAUAGCAAAGUCAACCCCGGCUUCUUCUACAAGAACUGCCUGUUUGACACCUGCAUUGACGGGGGAUCUGUCCAAACCGCCUGCAGCUGGCUGCAGAAUUACGCCAGCACCUGCCAAACCCAGGGAAUAGCCAUCACCGGCUGGAGGAACUUCACCUCGUGCUCUGUCGGCUGUCCCCCCAACAGUCACUACGAGAGCUGUGUGACUGUGUGCCAGCCCCGCUGUGCUGCCAUCCGGCUGAAAAGCGACUGUAACCUUUACUGUGUGGAAGGGUGCCAGUGUGACCCUGGUUACGUCCUGAACGGCAAGAGCUGCAUCCUUCCCCACAACUGCGGCUGCUACUUAGAUGGCAAAUAUUAUGAGCCCAAGCAGCUGUUCUGGAACAGCGACUGCACCCGGCGCUGCCGUUGCUUCCGCCGCAACCUAGUCCAGUGCGACCCGCGGCAGUGCAAGUCGGACGAGGAGUGCGCCCUCCGCAACGGCGUCCGUGGCUGCUUCAGCACCAAGAGUUCCUACUGCCUGGCGGCGGGCGGCGGGGUCUUCCGCACCUUCGACGGCGCCUUCCUCCACUUCCCGGCCAACUGCGCCUUUGUCCUCUCCACCAUCUGCCAGAAGCUCCCCGACUUCUCCUUCCAACUGAUCAUCAGCUUCGACAAGUGGUCGUUGCCCAACCUCACCGUCAUCUCCCCGGUGUAUUUCUACAUCAACGAGGAGCAGAUUCUCAUCAGCGACCGGAACACCAUCAAGGUGAAUGGCACCCAGGUGACCAUCCCCUUCGUCACCGGGCUCUCGACCAAAAUCUACAGCAUGGAGGGCUUCUUGGUGAUCGACACCAGCCCGGAUAUCCAGAUCCUCUACAACGGCUUCAACGUCAUCAAAAUAAGCAUCAGCGAGCGGCUGCAGAACAAAGUGUGUGGCCUGUGCGGCAACUUCAAUGGGGACCGGACCGACGAUUACGUCACCCUGAGGGGGAAGCCGGUCGUCAGCAGUGUGGUUCUGGCCCAGAGCUGGAAAACCAAUGGCAUGCAGAAGAGCUGUAACGAGCUCCAGUACUCCCAGUACGCCGCCGCCUGCGACAACGUGCAGAUCCAGAAGCUGCAGAGCGAUGGCUACUGCCUCAAGCUGACGGACAUGAAAGGCUUCUUCCAGCCCUGCUACGGGCUGCUGGAUCCCCUGCCCUUCUACGAGUCCUGCUUCCUCGACGGCUGCUACAACCACAAGAAGUUCCAGCUCUGCGGCUCUCUCGCCGCCUACGGGGAGGCCUGCCGCUCCUUUGGGAUCCUCAGCACCGAGUGGAUAGAGAAGGAGAAUUGCUCAGGAGUGGUUGAAGAUCCCUGUGUGGGGGCCGACUGUCCCAACAGAAGCUGUGAGCUUGACAACGGAGGGGAGUUGUGCGGUUGUAUCGAACCUCCACCCUAUGGAAACAACACGCAUGACAUCAUCGACGCAGAGGUGACCUGCAAAGCGGCACAGAUGGAAGUGUCCAUCUCCAAGUGCAAGCUCUUCCAGCUGGGCUUUGAGAGAGAAGGCGUGCGUGUGAAUGACCGCCACUGUCCUGGCAUCGAAGGAGAAGACUUCAUCUCCUUCCAGAUCAACAACACCAAGGGGAACUGCGGAAACAUUGUGCAGUCCAAUGGCACUCAUAUUGUGUACAAAAACACUGUGUGGAUUGAAAGUGCAAACAACACUGGAAACAUAAUCACCCGGGACCGAACCAUCAAUGUGGAAUUCUCAUGCGCUUAUGAGCUUGAUAUCAAAAUUUCUCUGGAUUCGGUAGUGAGGCCAAUGCUUAGUGUGAUUAACCUGACAGUCCCAACACAAGAAGGCAGUUUCACAACCAAGAUGGCAUUGUACAAAAACUCAUCCUAUAAGCACCCCUACCGACAGGGUGAAGUGGUUCUAACCACCCGGGACGUGCUUUAUGUCGGGGUCUUCGUUGUCGGGGCAGAUUCCACACACCUGAUUCUAACGCUGAACAAAUGUUAUGCAACCCCUUCUCGGGACAGCAAUGACAAACUCAGAUACUUCAUCAUCGAAGGAGGUUGCCAAAAUAUUAAGGAUAACACCAUUGGGAUUGAGGAGAACGGGGUAUCCCUGACCUGCCGCUUCCACGUCACCGUCUUCAAGUUCAUCGGGGAUUACGAUGAGGUUCAUCUCCACUGCGCCGUCUCCCUCUGUGACUCGGAAAAAUACUCCUGCAAAAUAAACUGCCCCCAGAAUUCCAGGAUGGCCACUGAGUAUACCAAAGAGCCCAAGGAGCAGAUCAUCUCGGUAGGGCCCAUCCGGAGAAAGCGGUUAGACUGGUGCGAGGAUAACGGAGGCUGCGAGCAGAUCUGCACGAGCAGGGUCGACGGGCCCCUGUGCAGCUGUGUUACCGGGACAUUGCAAGAAGAUGGCAAGAGCUGCAGAGCCUCCAGCUCUUCCAUUGGACCUCAAGCUUGGCUCAUUCUUCUCAUCGUAACCCAGCUGUCACUAUGGCGUUUUAUCUAUAAAUCAGAGCCGACCUCAUAAUCAAUUGAAGGCUUCUAUUUAAAGUACUGUAAUUUACUUACUCUGAAUCCCUGUAGGAUAAAAGCAUGUGCCCCUGACUCACAACCUGUACCACAAACAACAACAAGUGCUUUUAACUAUCACAAUGCUGAAGGCGGUUGCCUGGUACACCAAUUUAAAUGAGGUUACAAGCUACUUUAAUACAAUGGGCGGUAACAGCAGCCAAAAUUUCAGGUAUGGAGCCACAGCAGAAAACACUUGACCAAGAUCUUCCUCCUUUCUCAAGUCUCCAUACUGCCUUCUUCUCAUAUUCACUUCUGGCACCUCUUUGACACCCUUACAAUGCUCCCCAGCCUCUCUGCUUACAGUAUUCCCUCUUGCUUCCCCUUUCCCUAUCCUGCACAGCCCCACAUUCAUUGUAGCCAAUAGCAGUGUUUCCCUUGACUUCAGUGGGCUUUGAAUCAGGCCGUAAGCUCCAGCUAAGUUUCUCUCCUGACUGCUCCCUCUAGCUUUGCUUGUGCUAGAGAAAUUUACCUGUGUAAGAACCAGUUUAGCCCUUAGGGCACUUUGCACCACACAGAUAUAUUUCAAUGGGGGUGCAAGAACUGGUUGGAGCAGGCUAGACUUUCAGCAGGCUAAAAAGCAGAUCAGUCUAAACCAGUUUGGUGCCACUGUGGAAACGGACAAGCUAAGAGGGUUCAUCUAGUCCGCAAAGCGUUUUGAUCUCUCCCAGAAUCCACUGCUUCUGGGAGUGGCACUGAGAAUUCUGAGAGGCGAGGAAAUGGUUUAGAACACCACUAGUGUGGACACGGGAUACCCAAAACCGUUCUUAAACCAAUUCGACAUCGUUAGUAUGGACGCAAUGAACAGUUUGAACUAUAACUGGUUCAAUCCGCUAGUACGGUCACCACUUUUAUUUCGUUCAGUAGCUCCCACGUGUCCCCUGGACAUCAGAGAGUCUUCUUACCCUUCAAACUCCUUCUCAGCCCCUCUUGCAAAUCCAUUUCAGACCCAUCUUGCUCCUCGUGUGUUAAUGAUCCCACAUAACUCCAGGGCUGCCUGUUCUUUCUCUUCUCAGUCCUGUCUUUAGAUCAUAAGUCGGUCACAGCAGGAACGUUUUCUGCUCCUAACCAUGUGGAUUUUUUAUUUUUACUUACUAGAAAACACCCUGUCUGUCUAUGACACAGUAUCAAUAAUAAAUGUAAUUGAUCAGAGUCAAGCACCCAUAACAACACCUCUCAGCUUGUACCCCUGUCAUUCUCUCAAUUGCAAAACAGCCAUUAAAUUCCAUUGCAGCAACGUGCCAAUUGAGAGGAGUGAAUUGCCUCUGAUGCAAUUUAGUGCUGAGAUGAUUGAAAGGUUUGACACACUCUGAAAUCUUAAAUUUUUUAGCCUGAGCUACCGUUUCUUUCCUCUAACGGGAUCCACACGCUGUCUGCAAAUAAUGAUUGCUUUGUACCCAAAAAGCAGCUUUUCCCCCACUGGAUUUUUUUUCUUGUUUGCAUCUGGGCAAAUCUUCCCCCCCACUACCACUUUUUUUUUUAUUAUAUGAAUCGGCCAAAUAAUUUAAACAUGUUUUAUUCUUAAAUAAAUGUUGUGUUCAAAUAUUCUCA